AAGCUGACAUUCAGCAUCGACUCGGGCACGUCAAUGGCGUGUCCUCAUCCCAGCGGGAUCGCGGUGCUACUAAAAAGCGCCCACCCUGAUUGGUCCCCUGCCGCGAUCAAAUCCGCCAUCAUGACCACAGCCAGUCUUGUAAAUCUCAGAGGCUCUGCUAUCGUGGAUGAAACUCUAACACCAGCGGACCUUUUUGCAACAGGAGUCGGGCAUGCCAACCCGGCCAGGGCAAACGACAUCUCAUCCAAUGACUACAUCCCAUAUCUGUGCGGACUAGGCUACUCCGACCAACAGGUUAGCACCAUUGCGCGCAAGUCCGAGCGCUGCAUGUCGGGAAUUGCUGAGGGGAACCUUAACUACCCGACCUUCGCAGUUGAGCUUGGAUCGUCGUCCCAGAGUUUUACAAGGACUGCAACGAACGUUGGCGAGGCAGCGUCUUACUAUACUGUGAAGAUCGUAGCGCCCCAAGGCAUGAGCGUCGUUUCACAAAAUUGA